GAAGCGAUGUUUUAGAUUAAGGACGUGAAAAAAACUCUCUGAUUGUUCGUUUCUAACCACCUUUUUGUCAGGAUUUAAUGUUUUGUUUACAGUGUAUUUACUGAUGAUGUUAUUUCGGUUGUCAUGUCGCCGGACUUGCGACUGCGUGUGUGGUCUCGGCCGGGUAUUCGGGCCGGCCCGCCCGGCAAGGCCGCCUGGCCAACGAUCGCUCGAACCGCCGUGGCCGGCCGUGGUCGUAGGAAGAGCUAGUUCCUCAGUCGUUGCCAUGGCAGCCAAACCCACUGUUAUAUUUGUUCUGGGAGCGCCAGGUUCAGGCAAGGGAACGCAAAGCGCAAACAUCGUCAAGGAGUUUGGUUUUGUCCAUCUGUCUGCCGGUGACCUUCUCCGUGCCGAGAGGUCUACGGGGUCGGAGGUCAGCGCCCUCAUAGAGCAACACAUCAAAGAUGGCGAGAUUGUUCCUGUGGAAAUCACCGUGUCUCUAUUAGAAAAGGCUAUGAACGCCAGCAGUGUGAAGAAAUUCCUUAUCGAUGGAUUCCCUCGGAAUGAGGACAACCUCGUAGGAUGGAAGAAAGUGAUGGACGACAAAACCGACGUCAAAUUUGUUCUCUUCUUUGAAUGCAGCAAAGGCGUGUGCGUUUCAAGAUGUUUAGAAAGGGGAAAGACCGGGGGUCGAGCGGACGACAACGUUGCGAGUUUAGAAAAAAGGUUUGUGACUUACGUGGAUCACACCAAGCCCAUUAUUGACCAAUAUGCGGCGAAGGGAAUGGUUAGGACAAUCAAUGCAGAUACAUCCGUGGACGAGGUUUUUGAAGCGGUUAAGAAACUGUUCAAAAAUGAAGGUUUUUGAGGAUCGGGAUUGCUGAUCAUGUACGAGAUUUCUUUAUUUUUAUAUCGCGUCGGUUUUCAAAUUAAUUACUGCAUGCAUUAUUUAAGUCCGUGUAUUUUAUAGUAAAUAAACGUAGUGUGGGUGAUCGUAUCUUUGAAUUUUCAGGAUUUAGAAAAGAGACAAACAUUUUCCCCUUAAAGAUUUUCUGAAUUCAUGAUUCCAUAGAUUUAAUGUUCAGUGAGACCAAAUUUUAGGCUUUUUGCUGUAAUAAAACGGUAAUUAACGCAAGUAGGAAUUUCACAAACGUACGUCAAAUUAUUUUCUCUGCAAGAAAGUCUGAAUAUCGACAUCUAGUCCGGAUGAACCUUUUGUGCACUGAAACUCAACUACAUGUUUUGACCAAAAGAAAAGAAAACAAAUAUUGAUUUUGAAAGUUUCAACACAUGUGAAUGGUUUCCUAUAUGAUGUAGUAUUUGUGGAAUAAUAUACGAAUAAUGAAUAUUUAUGUGUACAA